AUGAUGCUCGCAAAGACACUGCGGCUUCAUAUGCAAGUGCAAACCGCAGCCGCCAUCAACUGCUGCCCCCGCCAAGCCCUUCCGAUAUUUAUUCCCCGCCACCCUAUCGACUACGCAUUCUACGGGCACCUCAUUCAGCAUUGCACCGACCACCAGCUUGUCCGCCAAGCCAAGCAACUCCACGCCAGGCUCGUCCUCUGCUCCACAAUUCUUGACAAUUUCCUUGCUUCCAAGCUCAUCACCUUUUACUCCAAAAACCAUCUCCUCCGUGAAGCCCAUCACGUGUUCGAUCACAUUCCCCAGAAGAACACUUUCUCUUGGAAUGCCCUCCUCAUUGCCUACUCUCUUCAUAACCGUUACGAGGAAGCCCUUACCCUGUUCUCUUCAUUUUUAUCUGUUAAUUCGAAUUCAGUAUCUGCAAAACCUGAUGGUUUUACGGUCACUUGCGUGCUGAAGGCGCUGGCCGCGGUGACCACCCAUUCAGUUUUUGCGGACAUUAUGCACUGUUAUGUCGUGAAGAAACGGAUUGAUGCAGAUGUCUUCGUGGUGAAUGGUUUGAUAACGUGCUACUCGAGGUGUGAUGACAUGGUGUCGGCGCGGUAUUUGUUCGACGAAAUGCCCUGUAGGGACCUAGUGUCAUGGAAUUCAAUGAUUUCGGGAUACUCUCAAGUUGGCUAUUACGAGGAAUGCAAGCUACUGUACAGGGAAAUGUUGGAUUCAAAGGAAUUUCGUCCUAAUGGGGUCACGGUUGUCAGUGUUUUGCAGGCAUGCGCACAGUCAAACGAUCUCGUUUUAGGGAUGGAUGUUCAUAGGUAUGUGAUCGAGAGCGGGAUUGAGGUGGAUCUUUCUGUCUGCAAUUCAAUUAUUUCCCUCUACGCAAAGUCUGGUAGCUUGGAUUAUGCCAGAGAGCUGUUCGAGGAGAUGAGUGAGAAGGAUGAGGUUACAUAUGGUGCCAUUAUUUCAGGAUACAUGGUUCAUGGUUUUGUUGAUAAAGCCGUUGCUCUUUUUAGGGAGAUGAGGAGUCCGCGAUUGAGUACUUGGAAUGCUGUUAUUUCGGGUCACGUUCAGAAUAAUCAGCGAGUAGCGGCUUUAGAUUUAGUUCGAGAGAUGCAAAAGUUAGGUUGUAGGCCUAAUUCUGUGACACUUUCAAGCGUACUUCCCACACUUUCAUAUCUUUCGUAUCUGAAAGGAGGGAAAGAGAUGCAUGCUUACGCUAUUAGGAACAAUUGUGAUGGUAAUGUUUAUGUAGCAACUGCCAUUAUUGAUACCUAUUCAAAGUUGGGGUUCAUUGACGGUGCACAAAGUGUUUUUGAUAGGACAGUAUGUAGGAGUCUGAUUAUAUGGACAGCUAUAAUCUCAGCACAUGCAGCCCAUGGAGAUGCCAGUGUAGCACUUCGUCUGUUUAAUGAGAUGUUAAAUAGCGGGUUACAGCCAGACCCAGUUACAAUUACGGCUGUUUUAUCAGCUUGCUCUCAUGCAGGAUUGGUUAGAGAAGCCUGGGGAAUAUUUCAUUCUUUGGUCCCAAAGUAUGGCAUUCAGCCGUCAGCUGAGCAUUAUGCAUGCAUGGUUGGAGUUCUAAGUAGGGCAGCGAAGCUUUCUGAAGCUUUAAAUCUCAUAAAUGGAAUGCCAAUUAAACCGAGUGCCAAGGUUUGGGGUCCAUUGCUUGAUGCGGCUUCUUUGUCUGGUAAUGUGGAGCUUGGGAAGUUCAUUUGCGACCACUUGUUCCAGCUGGAGCCUGAAAAUACAGGAAACUAUGUCAUAAUGGCAAAUUUAUAUUCAAAAGCUGGGAGAUGGGAAGAAGCAGAAGUGAUUAGGGAGAAAAUGAAGAAUAUUGGGAUGAAGAAAGUUGCUGGCAGUAGUUGGAUAGAAAACCAUGGAGGCUUGCAAAGCCUUAUCCUUGAAGAUGUAUCUGAUGAAAAAUCUGAAUAAAUAUGUGGUUUGUUAAAACGAUUGCCUGAAUGGGUGGGAGGAGGAAUUCAUGUUAUGAUGUGCUGUGGAGAGCAUUUGUUUUUGCUUGCUGAGGAGUUGGUACGAGUUGAAAUUCAUCUGAGAGACUGAUUUGGUUAGCUCAGUCAAAAGAAGAUCACUUCUCAGGCAAUAUCAAGGGUUUCUGAACAUAUCUGGUUGAACUAUAAAUCAUUCCCGAACAUAAGAACAACCAAUGAAAUACAAUUUGGUAAGCAAAUAUGUUUGUCCAAUUUCCUAUAUUACGUAAACAGCUAUUUCUGGCUCACUGAGGCACACAUUAGUUGGAAGGUAGCAGAAUAACUUCCAUCCUCUCCAUCAGUUCAGCAUUUGAAGCGUAUCAUACUUGGGGGUUCAAAGUUGAUGAACGAGCUAUUGGAUUGUGUACUGAGAUGCCAAACAUUUCAUUUGUGCUUUACUUGAGAUGAGAAGUAUAUCCAUGUAUCAAGAUCCCAUGCGAUACUGGGAGCUGUAUUGCUCGUUAACCUGACAGAGAAGACAGUGCCUCCAUUGGCUUCACAGACCAUUGUUCCAUGUUAUUCAGCAGCCAUGCCGGCCCAAAUGGCUAGCCGUUGGUAAUUUGGGAUACACCAUGGGUUUAUUUCAUCCAUGAACAGAUUUCAGCUGGUUGCAACGUAUACCUACGAGCAUAAGCAACUAUUAGAGAAACACGGAGGAGUCAUCGCCUCUCGCCACAUCUAAUGUUAAUUGUUUCAUAAUCAUACCCAACGAAGUGCCCAUAGCCCAAGAAGUGUGGUGAGAGAUGAAGGCGGGGACUGCAAGUGCGAACGGUGACAGAGCCCUUGAUAAGCGCUGACUAUGGCGAAUUGCGCCUCCUGCAUUAUUAAUUCUACUUUAUAGGACCAAGACAUAUUACUUAAUCGACGAAUGGGCCAAUUGUUCUUUAAUACUCUUCUGCUUGUUCUUUAU